ACUUGAAAACAAAAUAAAAAAAGUCACAAAUAGAUUAGAUCGAAAAUGAUAACUGUUUAUCUCUCGGCUGGAGAGAAUUAAGUCAUCCAGCUCUGUCCCCAACAAGUCAGUCUGGCAAAAUGUGUGAACCAGCUCGGUUAUUUCUACCUUUAGAAACGUUAGAAAAAUUAGUGUGUUCUGAAUGCAAAGGGUAUUUACGUUCCGGUCCAAUUAAAGUCCGAUUAGAUGGUGAGAGUGUAUGCGGAAAAUGUUCUGUAAAUCCAAAACAUUCGGCGCCGUUAAUUCACCACAAAGCAUUCGAGGAAAUUAUUCAACUAAUUAGUUUUCCAUGUAAAUAUUACAAGUUUGGAUGUCCUGAAUACAUUUUAUACGAUGACAACACAAAACACGAAGAUUCCUGUGCGUUUCGAAUCUAUUAUUGCCCCGGAGAUCGAUUGGGUUGUUAUUGGAAAGGAACAAGUGUUCAAUUAUUGGAACAUUACCGAGAAAAACAUUUGGAACUGUUCGCUACAACAACAACUUUUGAAAUAGAUUUAACCGAAGAUAUUGAAGAAUCUAAACUUUACACGCAAGAUAACGUAAGUUUUCUUAUUAAAUUCAAAGUUUCUAAAGAAGAUGGAAAAUUUUGGAUCAUUAUUGAACAUCUUGGGCAUAUUGAAGAGACGACUCCGGUUACUUACAAAAUAACGUUACAUACUUCAGAAGAAAAUGGAUUAAAAAUGGUUAUGAAAGAGAGAAAAACUUCCUACGCGCCGCGUUAUACAGUUUUUGAUGUUAAAAAUUUCCAAGUUGUUGACAUUAAUUCGCUUUUAACUAUAUUAGAAAACCCGGAAAAUAUUUACUGCUCAAUAGAACUAAAAAUACCUCCUCAACUCAUUCAAGAUAUCGAAUCUAAGUUGCAAGCAAUUAAAUGUCCUCAUUGUUUAAAAUAUAUGACACCACCAAUAUACAUUUGCCAAGAGAGUCACAAUUCCUGCGAAGAUUGUGUUGGGUAUAAUAAAAAAUGUAAAAGUUGCAACAAAGAGAAUACUUAUUUCACUCGACAUCAAUCUCUCGAGGUCACAUCAGCAAGUUCUCAAUUACCGUGUAGAUGGACAUCGUGUAAAUUUGUUGGAGAUUUCACCAAUAUUCGAAAACACGAAAAAACUUGCCAUCAGCGUCGAUAUAAAUGUCCCCGUUGUUACAAUUGGCAUGGUUCCUACGAGCAAAUAACCGAACAUUUCGAAAAAGAACACGAAACCCAUCCACUUCUGUUAACAAAAAAAGUAUCAAUUGCAAGAACAACUAGAGUGUACGAUUUUUAUCUUUUAGUAUUUGGCGAUAUUUUUGGGUGUUCCGUAUUUUCAACUGACGAAAACGAAAAGAACUUUUCCCUUUGGUAUUAUGGCUUACCAACAUUUUACGAUAAAUACGAGUAUCGUAUUCAUCUAGCAGAUAAAAACGAGGAAGAUGAUUCACAACCGGAAAUUAUUAAAACAUAUAAAUUACAAAAGUGUUGCGCUACCGAAAAUUGCUUUUCAUUUAAUUUAAAAAUUCCUAAUGAAGAUAUGACAAAACACGAUUACCCAGAAAGUUUGUAUUUCAUUUUUGAAAUAGUCGAACGAAUUUAAUGGUUGUUCUUGAAUGUAGUAUUGUUUCAUUCCACUUAGAAAUAAAGUACACCUAAGUAGUUAUUUUUAAACACUUUAUUUUGAGUGUAGAUAUCGGUAUUAGAAAAUAUGUGAUAGAGAUAAGAUGUGAUUUAUACAAUGACAAGAAUGAUUUAUCUGUUAUUGUAUAAUUUUUGGUAUCAGUUGGUUAAUAAUACAUACUUUAUAUUUUAAUGCGUUUA